CUUCUAUUAGCUUAUUUUUUUCCUUCAUUUAUUAUUGUUAUAUUUCUUUCAACUAUUUUUGAAAAAAAUAAAUAAAUAAAUAUAAAAUGAAUGAGGAGCAAAAGAAUUUAUCACAAGAACAAACGGAGCAAACAGAGACCGUUAAGCAAUCACCUAAUCUUCAAUCUACUCCUAUAAAAAACGAAACAGCUAAAUCAAUGACAGAAGAUGAACAUUCUGCUAAUGAUUCUGUUAUUGAUGAUUUCGAAAAAAUUGCUAAUAGGGAAUUACACCCUAUUGAACAAGAAAUUAUUGAAACAAAAUGUUUUCAUUGGAAUAUAGAGAACUGGAAUAAUUUGGAACAUCGUUGUACUGGUCCUAUUAUGAAGACUGGUGGAUUCGAUUGGAACAUUCUUUUGUUUCCCAAGGGAAAUAAUCAAUCAGAAUUCGCUUCUAUUUAUUUGGAAUUAGCUAAUGUUAGAAAUAGUGAAACAGAUGAAUACGCUUGUGCUCAAUUCGUUAUUUGUCUUUCUAAACCUUCAGAUCCCACCAAGUUUAUUGUACAUAGUGCACAACAUCGUUUUACACGUGACGAAUCAGAUUGGGGAUUCACUCGCUUUAUUUCUCUUGAAGAUUUCUAUAACAAUCCAAACACUAUUUUGGAAAAUGAUUCAGUUCGAAUUACGACAAUUAUUCGUGUUGUCAAAGAUUCCACAGGAAUUCUUUGGCAUAAUUUUGUCAAUUAUGAUUCUAAAAAGAUUACUGGUUAUGUUGGACUACAAAAUCAAGGUGCCACUUGUUAUAUGAAUUCUCUCUUUCAAUCACUUUAUUUUACAAAUUCAUUCAAAAAAGCAGUAUAUCAAAUUCCUACUGAAAAUGAUGAGCCUACUAAGAGCAUUGCAUUAGCUCUUCAAAGAGUUUUCUAUAAUUUACAAUUUUCAAAUAAUGUUGUUGGUACAACAGAAUUGACAAAAUCAUUUGGCUGGGAUUCAUUAGAAGCUUUUAGACAACAUGAUGUCCAAGAAUUCAAUCGUGUCUUACAAGAUAAUCUUGAAAUUAAAAUGAAAAACACCCCUGCUGACGGCGCCAUUAAGAACUUAUUUGUCGGUAAAAUGAAGAGUUACAUUAAAUGCAUAAAUGUUAAAUAUGAAUCUUCCCGAUCUGAAGACUAUUAUGAUAUCCAAUUAAACGUCAAGGGCUGUAAAAACUUGGAAGAAUCCUUCAAAGAUUAUAUUACUGAAGAAACAUUAGAGGGCGAUAAUAAAUAUAUGGCAGAAGGUUAUGGUCUACAAGAUGCUAAGAAGGGUGUUAUUUUUGAGAGCUUUCCUCCAGUAUUACACUUACAAUUAAAGCGGUUUGAAUAUGAUAUGAUGAGAGAUAUGAUGGUUAAGAUUAAUGAUCGUCAUGAAUUUCCCACUGAAAUCGAUCUUGAACCUUACCUUAGUGAAAAUGCUGAUAAAUCAAAAGGACAUAAAUAUAUUCUUCAUGGUGUUUUAGUACACAGCGGUGAUUUGACUGGAGGCCAUUACUUUGCAUUCGUUAAACCUGGAAAAGAAAACAAAUGGUUUAAAUUUGAUGAUGAUCGAGUUAUUCCUGCUACUUUAAAAGAAGUAUUAGAGGAAAACUAUGGUGGUGAACAAUUGGGAUUACCAAAUGCUAACAUGAGACCCAAUGGUCGUCCUAUGAAUCGCUUUACUAAUGCUUACAUGCUAGUUUAUAUUCGUGAAUGUAUGCUAGAUGAAGUUUUGGCUCCUGUUACUGAAGAAGAUAUUCCAAAACAUUUAUCCGAACGUAUUAAAGCUGAAGCUCGUAUUCGAGAGUUAAAACGUAAAGAAAAAGAAGAGCAGCAUUUAUAUAUGAAAGUGCUUAUUGCUGAUGAUGAUACAUUCCGAGCUAAUUCAGGGUUUGAUUUUGCAAAUUUUGACGAGAGAGACGCUUCUGAAAAUCAUAUUCACGUUCUAAAGACAAGAAAAGAUCAGACUUUUGGUCAAUUUAGAAACGAAGUUGCCAAGAGAAUCAAUCUAUCACCUUCUUCUUUCAGAUUCUGGUUGAUGGUAAAUCGUCAAAAUCGCACCGUUCGUAUUGAUGUUCCUAUUCCAGAGGAAGAAGAUAAUACGAUUUUGGACGAUAUUCGUUCAAGAUAUGCAAUCAAUCAAUUAGAUUUGAGAUUAUAUUUAGAGAGAGCCAAUAUAUUCGAUGAAUCUAAUAAUACUGUUUUCCCUUCUCCACCAGAAUCCGCACAGUUUAUUUUAAUCUUUAUCAAAUUAUUUAACCCUGAAUGUCAAAGAAUCCAUGGUAUUGGUCAUGUAUAUGCACAAAAGGAAGCUAAGGUGGGCACGAUUAUUAGUACAUUAAAACAGAUGGCUGCAAUUGAUGAAAAUGAAGAAAUUCUUUUGUUUGAGGAAAUUAAAGCGAGUAUGAUUGAACCUGUUGAUUUCAAUGCUACUUUUACUCAAGCAGAACUCCAAGAUGGUGAUAUUCUUUGUAUACAAAAGAAGCUAACACCUGAAGAAGAACAUAAAAUUUCAGAAAACAAUGGAAAAACUACAGUUCCUGAAUUUUUUGGCUAUGAACUUGGAAAAACACAGAUUUAUUUUGGACCUCUUACAGCUGAUGCCAAUUCCCCUGAAAUGAGAAUAAGUUUACAUAAAGAAAUGGGAUAUGAAGAAAUUGCUACUCAUGUUGCUAGGGAAUUAAAUGUUGAUGCUGAUAAGAUUCGUCUUAUUAAUCCUUAUCAGGGCAGCAAAGUAAAUCAAAAACGAUUUGGAGGAUUGAAAUUAGGCAAAAUUUUGCAAAAUAUUCAUGCCUUUGGUGCUGGAAAUGUGAAUACAAACAGAAUAAGAUUUUUAUAUGAAAAAUUAAACGUGAGUUUGGAUGAAAUAGAAUCUAAAUGUUCUGUAUCAGUAACUGUAUGCGCUCCUACUCUGAAAGAAUUACAAGUGAUUGAGGUUUUAGUACCUAAGGAUAGUGAUCUCAACUAUUUGAAGAAAGCUCUAAUAGCUGAAGGUGCAAGACUUGAUGGAGUUGAAUUGGAUUAUAUUCGUAUCUUUGAAGAGAUGGAUGGUAAAUUUAGUAAAGAAUAUGAUGAUAAAUUGUGGAAAGAAAUGAUCGCAGCAUGUUCAGCAGUAAAAGUGUAUGCAGAAAAAAUUCCAGAGGAGGAAUUUAACAUGGAUGCUAGAGAUGGUUUUGUCGGCGUUUUCCAUUUCCAACGUAUACCAAGUCGUACUCAUUCUGUACCAUUUAAAUUUGUUAUUAAGCAUAAUGAACCAUUGGUUGAGACAAAGAAGCGUCUUCAAGCUAGAACAGGGUUAGAUGAUAAUGAAUGGAGCAAGGUUAAGAUUAAUAUAGUUUCUGAAGAUGAUGAAAAUGUGACAUUAGUUGAUGAUAACCAAGAGACACUAUUUCCUUCACAUCCAUAUAAAAUUGGUGACGUGAUCGGAUUGGAUCAUAUCGAUAAAACUUCAAAAAUCGAUAAAACUGGCGCAAUUUUUAUCAGAGGCUAAUUUUUCUCCUUAUUUUAUUUAUAUAAUAAAGUUGAUAUUAUUAUUAUUAUUAUUAUUCUACAAAA